AUGCGGAUGGCUCCCCUAAGGUCCACAUCAGAAACCUCGGGACCAGGAGCUGGAAUGGUGCCAGGUUCAGGAAUAUCGGCGGGAGGGAUGGUGGCACCCUCUGCCGUUGCAGGAUCAGGAACAUGCUGGUCUGGGACAGACGGGCCAGCUACCGUGCAAUCUAAAGGAUUCAUUGCGCUAGCAACAAGAAGCUCAGGUGUUGUAGCUUCUAUCCUUUUUGGAGGACGAACUGCUCAUUCACGUUUUAAAAUCCCUGUUGAUAUUGAUCAAAACUACAGUUGUAACAUUAGCAAACAAAGUGUGCUAGCAUAUUUAAUUCGAGAUGCAAAGCUAAUUGUAUGGGAUGAAGUAUCAAUGAUGAAGAGUAAGAUGAUUGAAGUCUUCCAUUUGCUUUUGAAAGAUAUUAUGGGUACACAUGAACUAUUUGGUGGAAAAGUCAUCAUUUUUGGAGGUGAUUUUAGACAAACCCUUCCCGUAGUUCGAAAUAGAAAAAAGGAAGACUUUAUCCGUGAAAGCUUGUUAUAUUGUAAUAUUUGGAAUCGACUUGAAAAAUCACAUUUAUCUGAAAAUAUGCAUGCAAAAACUGAUCCUACCUUAUGUAACUAUCUGAUGAGAAUUGGAAAUGGAACAGCAAAAGUCAAUUGUGAUAACAAAAUUGAAAUUCCAGAUUCUAUAGUUAUUCCUUUUACAUUUGAAGAAGAAUCGUUAGAUGAAUUAUUUAACAUCGCAUAUCCAAAUGUAAGUAUAUUCUUUUCUGAUUCAUAUUCAGCAACUUCUCGUGUUAUUUUAACAACAAAAAAUGACUUUGUUGAUGAACUAUAUGAUAUGCUUAUUGCUAAAUUUCCUUUUAGAUCAAAGACAUAUGUUGCUAUUGAUGAAACUAUUGAACGCACUGAUCAAAGUCAAUUUGAAGAUUUUUUGCAUAAUUUAAAUCCCCCUGGCUUACCUCUGUAUUAG